AUGCCUCCCAAACAGAAGAAAGCAUCCCGCGAGAAAAAGCAAAACCAAAAGGAUCUCCAAAAGCAAACCUCUUCCGACGACUCUUCUCUAACAUCCCCCAUCAUUGCAACUACCAAUUACCGUGAAAUCCACCAACUCGAGGUCGAAGCCCUGCGCUCGAUCUACGGCGACGAUUACGAAGAUGUCGAGACUCGACGUUCAGCAUGGCAGCAAUCCUCCGACUUGACCUUUAAACUCAACCUACGGGCUUCCUCAAAUCCGGACGUUCGCCUCGUACUUCUUGUCGAAUUGCCCGCCACCUACCCAAAGACCGUACCGAACCUUUCAUUAGAAAACCUCGCCGACUUUCGCGAUGGUGCCCAAUCGCGAAUCCAAGAAAUCAUUCGCAAUAAACCAAAAACCCUUCUCGGCAGUGAGAUGAUAUAUGAGCUGGCAGUCUCAAUACAAGACGUUUUGGAAGAUGUUGCCCAAGCACGCGAGCAGGACAAGGAUCUCCCCAGUCUGGAGGAGGAACGCAUUGAACAGAAAGCCGCCGCCGUCCAGCGGGCCGAGUUGGAAAAGCAAGAGGAAUUGCGCAAACAAGAAGCUGCCUCUGCGGAGGAAGAGCGUGCCUUGCAGGAGAUGCUUCAAGAUAAAAUGCGACAACGGAAUAAGGCUCGGAUUAUGCGACGGAAGAGCCGAACUAGCGGCAUGGAUUCCAGCGAUGUUGGCGAUCUCGUGGAAACUACCCCCGGCGCAAUCUCCUUUGACCCGCCAUUAGCUGUUAAUGACACCGAUGAGCAGCUAUUGGUGUUCCGUGCAGUGCAUGGGAAGACGCUGGUACAAGAUGGCCAGGACAAGAAGACAUUUACCGUGCGACCUCUCGUCUCGGAGGGUCGAUGCCACGUCCCGCUUCUUGUACUGAAAGAGAUUUUCUUGGAGGAGAAAGCCUCUGACACCCUUCCGUUCCGAGAACAGAUGCGAACUAGUGAGGACAAGUUGGAGGCCUUGAAACGACUUCGACACCCUAACCUGAUCGAGUUUGUUGGUUUCAAGAUAAUUCGCCCCAUCACCCAGUUCAAUUCGUCAGACAACUCUUGGACGGUCUUUACGCUCUUGGAAUUUGCAAAUAAAGGCUCGCUCUUGGAGCUACUUGACAUUAAGCCCUGGAGUUUUAUCACCGCAGUGGAUUUGUUCAUGGAAAUAUCCACUGUGGCCGUGUCAUGCUUUGCAGGACAGCCUCUGGAGGCACAAUUGUCAAACUACAGUCCAGCGUGGAAGAGGCUCUACCAGACUCCCCCCGGUGGACGACGUUCAUUGACCACGUCCAAGUCACCACUCUGGCUGCCUCCAGAGUUGACUGAAGACACGCCACCGACCAUGAAGACUGAUGUCUGGGAUCUUGGAAUUGUCCUUCUGCAGAUGGCCUUCGGCAAAGAUGUACUUUUGAGAUACACAUCGGCUAACCAACUGAUGAUAUCGUUGGGGCUGUCCCCACCGUUACAAGAUCUUCUGCGAGAGUUUUUCCGGCCUGACCCUAGGAAACGUCCAACGGCCUUCCAGCUUCAACCCUCGGAGUUUUUCCGAGUAGACGCACCUUUGACUAUGCGGGACCGGUCUUCCAAUUCGGUUUCUCUGCAGAGACGACCACGUUUAGACUCCCUUGGAGCCAUACCUGUCUUCUCGCGUUAUCACCAAGACUUUGAUGAAGCUGGUCAUCUGGGUCGAGGUGGAUUUGGUCAGGUUGUGAAGGCUCGAAAUAAGCUUGAUGGCCGUUUCUACGCCGUGAAAAAGAUUUCGCAGACCUCGGCCAUGUCGUUGAAAGACACGCUUUCUGAAAUUAUGCUGCUAUCGCGUCUGAAUCAUCCCUAUGUUGUCAGGUAUUACACUGCUUGGCUGGAGGAAGACUUCAAUCAUGUUGAGGAGGCUAUCUCCUCUACUGAAGGCGACCCAUAUGCUAGCCAGGAUCAUGGAGGAUUCAGUACCGGUGGUCUCGACUUUAUCAGCUCUAGUGGAUAUCCGAAGAUUGAGUUCGCAGCAUCGGACAGUGAUGAUGAUAAUGAGGGGACGCUAUCCGAUCGUGGAACAGGAGAGUAUAAUCGUACCUUCGACGAAACAGGAAGUGCAGAAGACGCCGAGCCCAGUGGAACACGAUCCGGUUCCAACGGAAGACCUGUUCUGACUACCCUGUACAUUCAGAUGGAGUACUGUGAGAAACAUACACUGCGUGAUUUGAUCAGAAACGGCCUUUACGACGAUAUUGAUCGCUCUUGGCGCCUCUUCCGGCAGAUCUUGGACGGUUUGAGCCAUAUACAUAGCCAUGGAAUUAUCCAUCGCGAUCUCAAACCCGACAAUAUCUUCAUUGAUGUUGCCAAUAAUCCCCGAAUUGGUGAUUUUGGUCUUGCUACAAGUGGCCAAUUUAUGACGGCAGUACGUUCGUCCGCGGCGGCGGAUUUCGAAGGAAAUUUUACGCGCAGCCUGGGUACAACAUACUAUGUUGCCCCAGAGAUGAAGUCCGGCUUCUCGGAACACUAUAAUGAGAAGGUUGAUAUGUUCUCACUAGGUGUCAUUUUCUUCGAAAUGUGUCAUCCAUUGCCAACAGGUAUGGAGCGUGAUCAAACGCUGCGGGAGAUCCGAGAAACGAACCAUGUACUCCCGGUUACUUUCCAGCAAUCGGAGAAGGUUGUUCAGGGUCAGAUUAUCGAAUCUCUUCUAAGCCAUACGCAAAGCGAGCGACCGACUGCGUCGGAGCUUCUUGCAAGUGGUAAGAUUCCCCUUCAAGUUGAAGAGGAGACCUUUAGAAGGGCCAUCGUACACUUGCUGUCGGAUCCAAAUUCCCCCGACUACAAGAAGAUUCUCUCUGCCAUUUUUUCGCAAUCCCCGAAGAAAUUUGAGGACAUUGCGUGGGAUAUGGACUCUCAUGGAGUACCAGCUGCAAAUGAGCUUCUUGUGCAGGGACUUGUCAAGAAGAAACUCACUUCUAUUUUCCGUCGACACGGGGCAGUUGAAUCGACGAGACAGAUGUUGUUCCCGCGGUCUCAGCAUUACUCUGCCGGUGCAGUACGUCUGCUGGAUUCGUCGGGAAAUCUUCUUCAGCUGCCCUUCGACCUCACGGUACCAAAUGCACGAGCGAUUCCUCGCCAAGAUCCAUCCCUGGAGAAAACGUUUGCUUUUGGUACCGUUUACAGAGAAUCAACCCACGGCAGUGAGCCUCGCACGCACCGGGAAGUUGAUUUUGAUAUCGUGUCGUACAACACCUUAGAUCUAGCGCUCAAGGAGGCUGAAGUGAUCAAGGUCCUUGACGAGAUCAUUGAAGAAUUUCCGCCACUUCGGUCAGCGAAUAUGUGCUUCCUAGUCAACCAUUCUGAUCUUCUUCAACUUAUCAUGGAGUUCUGCCGUAUGACGCCAUCCCAGAUUCCCCUAGCGAAGGAAGUCAUCAGCAAGUUGAAUGUCGGCAAAUGGACCAUGCAAAAGAUUCGAAGUGAGCUUCGCUCUCCAGCAAUCGGCGUUGCCUCGACUUCGUUAGAUGAUCUUGCUCGAUUUGAUUUCAGAGGCACUCCCAAGGAAACCUUGCGCAAGAUGCAAGUUAUCAUGGAAGGAACUGAAUUUGCCGAGCGGCUUCCCCCUAUCUUCGCCCGGCUGAAUGUACUCAUGACAUACCUACAAUGCUUUGGUGUACAGCGCAGAGUCUUCGUCAACCCCUUGAGCAGUUUGCACGACAAGUUCUACCGGGGCAGUAUUCUCUUCCAAUGCGUUUUCGACACCAAACGCCGUGAUGUCUUCGCUGCAGGUGGCCGCUACGACCGAUUAAUUCAAGAGUUUGCACCCAAAUCUCUGUCAAAUCGUCCACAAUCUCACGCAGUGGGAUUCAAUCUUAGUUCUGAUAAGUUGGGCUCGUCUAUGAGGGAGUAUCUCAAGUCAAAGGCCCCUCCGAAAGAUGCCGAAUCUGGUGCUGAACUGUAUUGGACAACUCGCAGGUGCGAUGUUCUCGUCGCAAGCUUUGACCCAACAGUUCUUCGGACCACAGCCGUGAAACUCAUCGAAGAUCUCUGGGGAAAUGGUAUUAGCGCAGAACUUGCAGUCGAUUCCUCUUCCAUUGAAGAGUUAAUUGCAAAGUACAAAGACAACAACCACCGCUGGAUCGUGAUCGCGAAGCAAGAUAGCAAGGAGCGUGGCUUUAAAGUGCGAAAUCUCGUCCGCAAAGAAGAGUUUGACAUUCGCCACACCGAGCUUGUACCCUGGCUUCGAUCUGAGGUACAAGCACGACACCAGCGCGAAGGCAAUGUGGAUGCCCGCCAGGCUCGCCUUCCAGGACAGCAGGAUCAAUUCCUGACCAACGAAAGAGAGAGGGCUAAUGACGUACGCAUUCUUGUCCCGCAACAUCGAAGCAAAAAGACCAAUCGUCGAAAUAUUGUCGAGUCCGCUCUUUUCAGCGCGCGCGAAAUCGCCGAAAACUCAGCGAACGCCCCAGUCGUUGCGCUUGACACGCGCGACGAUGUCCUCGACUCCAUUCGCGACACCCGCCUUUCCGACCCUGACAGCUGGCGCACCGUCAUCCAAAAUGCACCCCUGACAGAGCGGAAAUAUCUCGGUCAAGUGUACGAUUUGCUUGCCGAUUUGGCUUCUGAAAUUCGCGCGAGCGAUGGAGCGGACGGCUACACAAAUGCUUUCAUCUACAACUACCGCACCGGUUCGUGCGUGUACUAUGACCUCGGCCCUACUAGCGACAGAUAA